AAAAAAUAAAAAAAAAUAUCAAGCAAAACAGAAACAUGAGUUAUCAUUUUAGCUAAAAGUUACUCGGUACCUUUGCUAGUGGGAGGUAGCAGGUAACCGAUGGAACUAUCAGAGAUGGGUGCAAGUUGCCCCGCACACCAAUGCCAUCUUAAUGGAUCUGGUAUAGUGGAUGAGCUCAAGGGGCAACACACUAUAUUGAAGGACUGUAUUGAGCAGCUCACAACUGUUGAAUCAUCCAGGGCAAACCUCAUCUCUCAUCUUAGAGAGGUCCUCCAAGAGCAGGAAUAUAAGCUGGAUCAAGUCCGCAAUCAACUUCAGGCUGCUCAGUCCCACGCAGAUCAGGCAGGCAAUAUUUGUAAACAGUUGCUGAAUUGUGAUGCCAAUGGGCAAAUCUUGCCUGAGCAGAAUCGAAAGGAAGCGAGUACCUCCCAAGCUCCACAGGCAUACGUAGCAGGAAAUCGAGAGCAAUCUGCUCCAGUGAUGUACACUCGACAGGUAUCUUAUGAAAAAUCUGGCAACCUUGAUGAAGAUAUGAAAUCUGCAGCUGCUGCAGUGGCAGCAAAGCUCACUGCAUCAACAUCUUCAGCCCAGAUGCUGACUUAUGUUCUCUCAUCCUUGGCGUCCGAGGGUGUCAUAGGCAACUCAAGUAAAGAAUCUUCCCACGAUAAUCAAUCGGAGAAAAGGGUGAAGCUUGAAAAUGACCACUCAGCUUAUGUCCCUUCACAGAACCCUCAAGAACCCCUCUCAUUUUUCUCUCAAUCCUUCUCAAUGCAACACAAUCUCCCGAGCACAGCUCAGGAAUCUGCUCCAAUUGAACCGCCUCCUCUACCAUCAUCGCCUCCACCGUUGCCACCCCUGCCUCCUAUGCAGCCAUAUCCAGUGCCUCAGUGCAUGCAGACAUCUGUGCAGUUGCCUAAUUCAGCAUUUGUUUUCGCGACAAGCCAGCAACCUUCAGCAUUGCCUGGUUUUCUCCAAGUUGUGCCUCCUGUCAAUGGGGUUUCUCCUUUUACAUCUCCCACAACAAAUGCCUACCAAGGGUAUUCAACUGAUAGUAGUUUAUAUAGCCAGUCUUCAUCCUUGCCGAUGGCACCCGUUACCCGUCAAUAGGAUUGACAGUUCCCUGUGGUGCCUAGAAUGGUUUGUUUGGUAAUUUAGAGCAAAUACAAUCAUACUUAGCUUCUCUCACUUAAUUUUAGGGUUCUUGACAGCUUUUACAUAAUUAGCUAGUCUGAUGUAUACAAUUAGGCUAUUCACAUUGUAACUAUGUAACUUAUGUUGUGAUUUUAUUUCUAGAUUGGAGGUUGUUGGUGUUUAUAUAAUACUGACCUAGUAUUGCACUAUAAAAAAGUCGUUUGUUCGAGUA